CAUAAAGACUUUUUACAUCAUAAUGUCUUAACUUCUACUUAUAAUUAAGUACCUCAUAAUCCUUCACUGAAUGAACUCACUGAAUCCAUCAGAGUAGCUAAAAUACAAAAAAAAAAAAAUAAUAUAAAAUGUUUAAAUUACAUAUGACUCAAUGAACUGCAAGUUCACUGUAAUUAAUACAGAAAUAUAAAGGUUUUUUGCUGUACAACCAAGAAACCAAGAUUUCCUUUUAUCUUUAGAUUAUAUCUCUCCCUCAUGUCUUUGUUCAUGUUUCUUCUUCUUUUUUUAGAGCUUACCGUAAGCCUUAUAGCAAUGCAAUAAAAUUGGUAAAUGUAGCCAAUUUAAUACCAUGACAAGGAAAAUACCAAAUGUUUACUUCAAAAUUAAAAGAAUAGAUAAUAGUUGAAUUGCAUGAAACUUCAUGACUUUCGUGGCACUUGCUACGUGAACACAAAACAAAUAUGGGACAUGACUGGAAUAUGCAAAAUGGUCUUAAAUUAAGUCACAGUUGCAGUCUAAAAUGCCUGCUAUAUGAAUCUAAAAUGUUUAAAUAACAGAAAAAAUAGCAAUUGAAAGCAGAGACUUACCUUUUUAUUUUAGUGCUUAAACCUCACAAUGUGUUUCUCAAAAUGAUGGAGAUCAUCACAUAUCAUAAAGAAAGAAGCAGGUGCGUGAUCUUGCUUUAAAUGCAACAUACAUUAUUUGCAUAAAAGCAAAAAAGUGACCUCUUGUUCUUGUUUGUGAUUGGCUGCUCAAGGCUGUUUCGGCCUGAAACCCGAUAAGCUUCUACUGUACCUGCAUUAUGGUCACUCCCAGUUUAUACACAAACACUAUUGUGUGGUUCUCUUUGUCCUGCCUUGGUGACCACCUUUCAUUUCCCUCUCUUCACCAAACACAAGCAGGAGAAAAUGGCAGGAACGAAUAUCUCUGUGGAUAAGGACCAGUUCUGUUGCUCAGUGUGCUUGGAAGUGCUGUGGGAGCCAGUUACGAUUCCUUGUGGACACAGUUAUUGUAUGGAGUGCAUUAAAGGUUACUGGAGGAAAUGUGAGUUGAAAGCGGAAUUCAGCUGCCCUCAGUGCAGACACACCUUUAGCCCCAGACCUGCGCUCUCUAAAAACACCAUACUGGCUGAUAUCGUGGAGAAAUUGAGGAGAACCAGCAUUCAAGAUGCUGGUGGGAAAGCAGCAGAUGUUGAAUGUGAUGUUUGCACCGGGAAGAAACAUCAAGCUGUUAAGUUUUGUGUGAAAUGUCAGACGUUUUACUGUGAAAUGCACCUGAAACCUCACAAUGAAAGAAAUCGUGGCAGGAUGCAUCCACUUACUGAUGUUACAAAACAAAUGCAGAAAAGAAUCUGUUCACGUCACAAUAAAUUGCGGGAUGUUUACUGUCGCACAGACCAACAAAACAUUUGUAGUUUGUGCUUCAAAGAUGGACACAAGGGGCACAGCGUGGUGUCUGUGAUGGAGGAGAGGAUGGAAAUACAGAAACAUCUCGAGGAAGCAUGGAAAAAGUCAAAACAGAGGUGUAAGGAACGAGAAAAGGAACUCAGAGACAUUGUAAAAUACGUCAAGCGCUCAGCGCAAGUGGUUGAGGAUGACAGUGAAAAGAUCUUCACCCGACUGCUGCGCGCUGUCGAAAGGAAGCAUUUGGAGGUGAAAGAGCUGAUCAGAGGAGAGGAGAGGACAGCUCUCGGCCAGACGGAGAAGCUUCUAGAACGACUGAAUCAACAGAUAGUUGAACACAGGAGAGGAGAGGCCGAGCUAGAGGCGCUCUCAAGCACUGAGGAUCAUAUCCAUUUUCUGCAGAACUAUAAGACACUCUGUGCUCCUCCUGACGCCGGGGGUCGGCCCAGCAUUGACGUCCACCCGUACUUCUCUUUGCUGAUAUUGAGAAAAGCUCUCACAGAGCUGAGAGAUAAAGUCAACGAGGUCUGUGACAGAGAAUCAACAAAGAUCGCAGAAUUAGUUGAUGAAGAACACAAUCAGUCAGCUGAAAACUCCUUGAGCUGUCCGUUGAACACGGAUACAGGUACGGACGCUCACAUCCCUCCCAGCAAUCCAUAGACAUUUACAACAGACUGGGCCGAGGACCAGAGGGGACUUACAGUACUGCUGUGAUUUGACGUUAGACCCAAACACUGCCAACUCUUUCCAGAGACUUCCAGAGUCACGAUCGACCACGAGCCGCAGCCGUACCCUGAUCACCCAGAGCGCUUCAUCAGCUGGGCUCAAGUCUUGUGCACUGAAGGUCUCUCUGGAUCUGGAUAUUGGGAGGUGGAGUUGGGAGGCGGUGAAGGAGUUUCUAUUGCCGUUUCUUACAGAACUGGAGGGAAUAUAGACUAACUGGGAUGCAACUCAAAAUCGUGCUUAGAUUUCUCUGAUUUUCUUUGUUUGUUCUGGCACAAUAAGUUUAGUGUUGAAAUACACACUCCAAUGCCACACAGAGUAGGUGUGUAUCUCGAUCACAGAGCUGGAACUCUGGAGUUUUAUUGGAUUUCUCUGGCAGAAGAUACCAUGACUUUGCUGCAUCGAGAGUAAACCACUUUCACUCAGCCUCUUUAUUCUGGUUUCUGGGUUGGACUUGGAAAGUUUUGGACUUUAAAACUUAGCUUUUUAGCUUAGUUACACAUUCUGUGCUCUCAUUUUGAUUCAAUGAACAGUUCACCAAAAAAUCAAAAGCAUGUCAUUCGCUCACCUUCUUGUUGCAUUUGUGUUUGUUUCCUGUGGCUUGUUGUAGAGCCCAUGCAACAUUAUGAAAAGUAGCGAUUUGACCUCAAU